AUGUCGCCGAAGAAGCGCCCGCGCAGCGGCCCAACGGCGAAGGCGCCGGCGGCGCAGGAGUCAGACGCGGGGCACGUGGCCACCGCCACCACGGGGAGCAGCUAUGGCCGUGGCUCAGCAUCGUCUCGGCCCGCGGCGUCCGCCGGCACGACGCGCGGCGAGAAGAACGUGAAGGCGCGCGGCACUGCAGAGCUGCGGCAGAAACUUCCCUCUGACCUUGAGGGUCUCGUGCUGCGCUCCACGGUGAUUGCGCCCGACGUCGUCGGCGUCCGUUGCAUGGCUGUCCGUCCAGGCGAGAAGGAGCUGAUUGUGGUGCGCGAGAACGGCUCCAUUGUUCUGUACGGCAUCGAUAGUUUUCAAAACGUGCCACACUUUGAACGCAUCCGCCACACCGGCGGCCGCGCGAAUCGCACCAUCACACGUGUCCGUUACUUGCCAUGCGGCCGCGCGCUGUUUCUCGCCUCGUACCUUUCCGGCCAACUGGUGGUGUACUGCGGAGAGACGCUCUCCCCGCUGCACGUGCACCAGCGCACGGGCGGAGCCAUCUGGGACUUCUGCCUUGUCGGGGCGCACAUCUACGCCGCCAUGGCGGACGGCUCCUGGCAGCAGCUGCGGGUAGAAGAGGCGGGGAGGGCCGCGCCUGCCCUGACGCUGCGGCGCAUCAUUCCGAAGGUGCCAGGCGCCGAUCGCGCCUUGAGCGUCUGCGGCUCGGAGCAGUGGAGCAUCGCCGCAGGCACCGACGACGCGGGGAACGUCGUGGCAUGGCGGCUGCCGCGCGAGGAAGCCCAGGAAGAGCGCGGCACCACCGCCACUGCGGCGGGCCCCCGAGCGGGGAAGGAGGGCGCAGCUAGCAACUCGUCUGGGGCCCGGCCAAUGAGCCUCAGCGAUCAUGAGGCACUCUGGACCGGCCGACUGCCGAAAGGCAUGGGGCUCUGUUGCGCCGUCGGCAGCGGCGCAGGUGGCGGCGCGGCCCCGGUGGUGGCGGUUGGGACGUCGAUGGGAGACAUCGUCCUCUUCGACGCGCAGCACGGGCACGUGUUGAAAACCUUCACACACCACAAGGGGCCCGUCAGCACGCUGGUGAGCAGCGGGGCGGUGUUGUACGCCUCCGGCUGGCACGAGUCCCUGCGCUCCUACCGUGCCGGCGCCGACGGCGAGUGGUUUCCGGCGGAGGUCAAGCGGCGCACCCACUACCACGAGGCGAGUGAGCUGCUCGUGCUGCAGCAGCAGCAACUCAUCCUCUCGGCCGCGCGGGAUGGCACCGUCAUGUACGCCCCGGUUGACUCCGUCUUUACCUCACCCGCCAUGUACCUCCCCGUGACGACGCAGCAGUUUGCCUUUGCCAAGGCAAAGAACGUCCUUCUGCAGACGCGGCAUGGGCGUAUUGAGGCUUUUCGCACCGACGCGGGGCUGCGUCACUGGACGCCGCUCUUCGCGUACAAGGUCCACGGCAAAUUUCACAUUCAGGGGCUCUGGUGUGACGAGCAGCUGCGGUACAUGCUCUUCGCCACGGAUGAGCGGGCGGCGCUGCUGCGUGUGCGUUGGCGGGAUGGGGCGGAGGACGCCCUCUCGCUGCGCCGCAUUGAGGAGGUGGUCGCGCUGCCUGUCGGACGCGGAGUGCUGGACUGCUGCUUCGUGCAGCACGGCGCCGGGGACGGCGACGGCGGAGCCGCUGCAACCGCCGCGAGCUGCUACAUGCUACUAGACGACACGCUUGUGCACAUCACCCUGGCGGAGGGGUACCCCGUCGUGGCGACGGCGAUGCAGACAUCCGACGCCGAGCCGGUUUGCGGCAUCCGCCCGACGCGCCUCUUGGUUGGCGCGGCGCAGGAGCGUAGCAGCCUCAUCGUGUGCGGUAGGCGGGGUCGUCUCACCUGCGGCACCGCGCCGGAUGGCACCCCCGACCCCAGUAGUUUUGUUUGGAGCCGGGAGUCCACGCGCAUGGCGGCCUCGGUGCCGGCGCUGCAGCACCACGCCUCGCCAACGUGUGUGGCCCUCACAGACAACGCGCGGUACGUGGCGGGCAUUGAAACCGCAGCACCGUCUCUGCUGCCCCCCACGCUGCCGCACGAUGUGAGGUUUAUUGCCCGGCUUCCACCGCUAGCCGGUGGUCUGGCAGGUGCAACGCGCGGCGCCGUUCGGUUUCUCGCCUGCUUUUCCCGCGGCCUGCUGUACGUGACGGAGAGCUCGUGGCACAUGCAGCAGCGCUGCACGGUGGAGGCCGCCUUCGUCCUGAAGGGAGACGCGCGGGUGCUGGUGCUGGUGCGCAACCUCGAGGGGACGCUGGAGGCCCUCCCAAUGUGCUGGAAGGUGCGGCGCUUCGGCAACUAG